AUGUCCCACGCGGAGGCCUUCGGGCAGCUCGGCUCCUUUAUGGUCGGCCUCGAGACGAAGGCGAGGGACCUCCGGAAGGUGCUCGAGAGCAGUCGGAACGAGGACGGGAAAUGGGUCAACGGCAAAGACGGGACAGGCAUCGGAGAACGCUGCUCCCGAGCGAUUGGGGCGGCAAGCCCGGGUCAGGUGACGAAGGAGAUGAUCGCGGAGGUCGCGGAGCAGGACAGGUUGAUGCGUCAAGCGGAGGAGACCAUGCGGACCGACAGGCCCAUCGAGGAGGCAACUGAAAAGUACCAGGCCCUGGUCGAGUACAACCAGCUGGCAUUGGAGGACCUCGAAGAACGCCUGUCCGCGUACGGGUACGUGCGUCCCGCUCGUGUCGCCCUCGACACAAACACCGCUGUUGCUACCGCCGCCCCCCCAGGGGUGUCGAGCGUCGCCCGCUUGCCCACCGGCGCCAAGACCGGCGGCAGACCGGCGGCCAAUGGCUGCCACAAGAGCAGGCCCCAUCAGUGUGAAACCAGGGGCGGCGGCGGCGGUUUCGUUGCUGCCGGGGAUGGGGCGGCGACCGCCGGCUCCGGCGCUGCGGCCGGGACCGAGAAGGAAGGAGAUGCGGAGAGCGGAGAGGGCCUCGAGGCCGGUGGCGUGACCACGGGGGCGGAGGCGUUUGUUGGCUCCGGGGUGGCCGGCGGCGGAGAGGUGGGAGCGGAGGAGGAGGAGGAGGAGGACGCUAUUGCCGACGGAGCGGUGGCCGCCGCCGCCGGUGCUGCUAGCGGCACGGGGGGCGUUGCAACGCCCGCCCGCGCUGCUUCUACCUUGCCCGUGCCUCAGGAGGGCGAGGAAGGAGAAGAAGAUGAAGAACCGGGAUCGCCCCCGACCCCGGCCAGUCCAGGUCUGGCUGACUGGGAGAUUACCGAGGCUGGGCUGUCGCGCUCGAGCAGCCGCCGGCAGCAGCGGAGGAGGAGUUGCGGGGUCGGGGUCGGGCGGGUAGACGACGGAACCCCCUCGGAGAGCUCGGGCGGGGCUGGGGCGGCGGACACGCCUAUGACCGGGCGGGCGGCGGCGUCGCCGUGGGGAGGGUCUAGCUCUAACCCCCCGACACCGGCGAGAAUGAAGUUCGAGGGCUGGACGCCAGAAGAGCGAGACCCUGCUGGGGUCGGAGGGAAUAGGGUGUCUUCUACCGGGACCCCCAGCUUGGGAUUUAGGUCGCCUCUGAACAGCGACGUGACGGCGAGCUUGAUAGAGACGGCUUUGAGCGUAGGCAAGCGGCCAGAUGUGGCUUCCACUCCCAGCGAGGAAGGCGCGUGCCGCUCGGGGACGGAGAUCACGCGUCCCAAGCCGACCCCCAUCAAGCGCGUGUCGCUGCAGGGAAACGAGGCCUCUGUCACAGGCGGCCUGCCAAAGGGACCCCGUGGCGACUUCUGGGGCAACGCAUCCCCCGAGUCCUCCGUCGUAGCUUCAUCGCGAGAAAACACGGCCGAACAUCGACCCGACCCCCCGCGCACCCCGGAAACUCCCGCCACCGCGGCGCUUUGCCGCCGGCGGCUCGAGGAGGCGGACGGAGACGGCAGCCGCGGCGACGAUGAUGAGGUGGCCGGGGUAGGGGGCAGCAUUGGGCCGCUGGAUUUCGUGUCGGAGGAGGAAUACGCCAGGGCUCCCAAGUUCCUGACCAUCCAAGUGUCGCGAAGCGUCCUCAACGAUACUAUCGGCAACCUCAACGCGUACGCGGAGCCGCGACUGGCCUCGCCCUCCGAGCUGCUGCUGACGGUGGACGAGAUAAUGGGCAUCAUCGACCAGGGAGAGCUGUCGCGGACGCUGCUGCUCUCCGCGGCGCACCUGAAGCGGAUCGAGAUGAAGGGCCCACGGAUGUACCGCAUUCGUACCUGA